CCUCGCUUCCCCCCGCCCCGUCUCCUCCUGCACCCUCCUUCUUCCCUCCGCCCGGGAGCUCUUCCCGGUCCCCGGCGCCGCCUCCUUCCCUCCCGGCUCCCCGCUCCCGCGGCCGCCGCCGCCCCGGGGAAGGAGAGACGGGGGUGGGGUUUGGGGGAGGCGAGAGAGGAGGGGGAGACCCUGGCCGGGCAGGAGCCCGGAUUCGCGGGGAGGAGGGCCGGGAGGAGGGGAAAGGUGGAGGAGAGAGGAGGGGGGGAGCGGGGAGGAGCGGCCGGGCCUGGGGCCUUGAGGCCCGGGAGAGCCGGGGAGCUGGGCCGGCGCGCCGAGAUGCUGCUGCUGCUGCUGGCGCCGCUCUUCCUCCGCCCCCCGGGCGCGGGCGGGGCGCAGACCCCCAACGCCACCUCAGAAGGUUGCCAGAUCAUACACCCGCCCUGGGAAGGGGGCAUAAGGUACAGGGGCCUGACUCGGGACCAGGUGAAGGCGAUCAACUUCCUGCCCGUGGACUAUGAGAUUGAGUAUGUGUGCCGGGGGGAGCGCGAGGUGGUGGGGCCCAAGGUCCGCAAGUGCCUGGCCAACGGCUCCUGGACAGAUAUGGACACACCCAGCCGCUGUGUCCGAAUCUGCUCCAAGUCUUACUUGACCCUGGAAAAUGGGAAGGUUUUCCUGACGGGUGGGGACCUCCCAGCUCUGGACGGAGCCCGGGUGGACUUUCGGUGUGACCCCGACUUCCAUCUGGUGGGCAGCUCCCGGACCAUCUGUAGUCAGGGCCAGUGGAGCACCCCCAAGCCCCACUGCCAGGUGAAUCGAACGCCACACUCAGAACGGCGCGCAGUGUACAUCGGGGCGCUGUUUCCCAUGAGCGGGGGCUGGCCGGGGGGCCAGGCCUGUCAGCCCGCGGUGGAGAUGGCGCUGGAGGACGUGAAUAGCCGCAGGGACAUUCUGCCGGACUAUGAGCUCAAGCUCAUCCACCACGACAGCAAGUGUGACCCAGGCCAAGCCACCAAGUACCUGUACGAGCUGCUCUACAACGACCCUAUCAAGAUCAUCCUCAUGCCCGGCUGCAGCUCCGUCUCCACACUCGUGGCCGAGGCUGCCAGGAUGUGGAACCUCAUUGUGCUUUCCUACGGCUCCAGCUCCCCGGCCCUGUCAAACCGGCAACGCUUUCCCACGUUCUUCCGAACCCAUCCGUCCGCCACACUCCACAAUCCGACCAGGGUGAAGCUCUUCGAAAAGUGGGGCUGGAAGAAGAUCGCCACCAUCCAGCAGACCACUGAGGUCUUCACCUCGACUCUGGAUGACCUGGAGGAACGGGUGAAGGAGGCUGGAAUCGAGAUAACUUUCCGUCAGAGUUUCUUUUCAGAUCCAGCUGUGCCUGUCAAAAAUCUUAAGCGCCAGGAUGCCCGAAUCAUCGUGGGACUUUUCUAUGAGACUGAAGCCCGGAAGGUUUUUUGUGAGGUGUACAAGGAGCGGCUCUUCGGGAAGAAGUAUGUCUGGUUCCUCAUUGGGUGGUAUGCUGACAACUGGUUCAAGAUCUAUGACCCGUCCAUCAACUGCACAGUGGACGAGAUGACCGAGGCGGUGGAAGGCCACAUCACCACUGAGAUUGUCAUGCUGAACCCUGCCAACACCCGCAGCAUUUCCAACAUGACAUCCCAGGAGUUUGUGGAGAAACUGACCAAGAGACUAAAAAGACACCCUGAGGAGACAGGAGGCUUCCAGGAGGCACCUCUGGCCUAUGAUGCCAUCUGGGCCUUGGCUUUGGCUCUGAACAAGACGUCUGGAGGGGGUGGCCGUUCGGGAGUGCGCCUGGAAGACUUUAACUACAACAACCAGACCAUAACUGACCAGAUCUAUCGGGCAAUGAACUCCUCGUCCUUCGAGGGCGUCUCUGGCCAUGUGGUCUUUGAUGCCAGUGGCUCUCGGAUGGCAUGGACGCUCAUCGAGCAGCUGCAGGGUGGCAGCUACAAGAAGAUUGGCUACUAUGACAGCACCAAGGAUGACCUUUCCUGGUCCAAAACGGAUAAGUGGAUUGGAGGGUCCCCCCCAGCUGACCAGACCCUGGUCAUCAAGACGUUCCGCUUCCUGUCACAGAAACUCUUUAUCUCCGUCUCCGUCCUCUCCAGCCUGGGCAUCGUCCUAGCUGUUGUCUGUCUGUCCUUUAACAUCUAUAACUCCCACGUCCGUUACAUCCAGAACUCCCAGCCCAACCUGAAUAAUCUGACUGCCGUGGGCUGCUCCCUGGCCUUGGCCGCCGUCUUCCCCCUCGGCCUGGAUGGCUACCACAUCGGGAGAGGCCAGUUCCCCUUCGUCUGCCAGGCCCGCCUCUGGCUCCUGGGUCUGGGCUUUAGUCUGGGCUACGGCUCCAUGUUCACCAAGAUCUGGUGGGUCCACACGGUCUUCACAAAGAAGGAGGAAAAGAAGGAGUGGAGGAAGACCCUGGAGCCCUGGAAGCUGUACGCCACGGUGGGCCUGCUGGUGGGCAUGGACGUCCUCACCCUCGCCAUCUGGCAGAUCGUGGACCCCUUGCACCGGACCAUUGAGACUUUUGCCAAAGAGGAACCGAAGGAAGACAUUGACGUGUCUAUUCUGCCCCAGCUGGAGCACUGCAGCUCCAAGAAGAUGAAUACGUGGCUUGGCAUUUUCUACGGUUACAAGGGGCUGCUGCUGCUGCUGGGUAUCUUUCUCGCCUAUGAGACCAAGAGUGUGUCCACUGAGAAGAUCAAUGACCACCGGGCUGUGGGCAUGGCCAUCUACAACGUGGCGGUCCUGUGCCUCAUCACCGCCCCGGUCACCAUGAUCCUGUCCAGCCAGCAGGACGCGGCCUUCGCCUUUGCCUCUCUCGCCAUUGUUUUCUCCUCCUACAUCACCCUGGUCGUGCUCUUCGUGCCCAAGAUGCGCAGGCUGAUCACCCGAGGGGAGUGGCAGUCGGAGGCGCAGGACACCAUGAAGACAGGGUCCUCGACCAACAACAACGAGGAGGAGAAGUCCCGGCUGCUGGAGAAGGAGAACCGUGAACUGGAGAAGAUCAUUGCCGAGAAAGAGGAGCGCGUCUCUGAACUGCGCCAUCAGCUCCAGUCUCGGCAGCAGCUGCGCUCCCGGCGCCACCCUCCGACACCCCCAGACCCCUCGGGGGGCCUGCCCAGGGGCCCCCCCGAGCCCCCCGACCGGCUGAGCUGUGAUGGGAGUCGAGUCCACUUGCUUUACAAGUGAGGGAGGGGGUGCGGGGAGGGUGGGACAGGCCAGGAGGGAAGGAGAGGGAGCGGGGAGGGGCGGGAGGAGCGGGGGUCACCACCCCAGGUGGGAAGAACGCGCUACUCCAUCCCAUCUCUUGUAAAUACCUGCCCUCUGCGCCCCCCGGGCUGUCCGGGUCUCUGGGAGCCAGGCCGUGUUCUCGCUCAUUCGUUCAUCUCCUUUCCCAUCCCUACUUUAUAAUCCAGCGUGGACCCGGCUUGAAGCGUCUCACUCACUGGCUCCUUGGCAGCCUCACUAGGAUAUAUCCCCCCCUCCCCUUGUUGCCACUGCAACCCCUCAGCUCCCUCGCCUUUGUGCUCUGCUCCCACCCAGCAGGGAUCUCCCCAAAGUGCUCUUUCUGCCCCAGUGGGGCCUCCCCAUGUCUCCCCGCAUCCUCAUCUCCUUCAUCCUCCUUGCCCUUCUGCACAGCCACAGGUUUUGUCCCUCUUGAAUUUUGCUUCUCCAGGGCACUCCUUCUGGUCAAGGCUCUCGCACUCCCCCUCUCUGUCCACCCUGCCUCCAUCUCGCCUGUGUCCUCCCCUCCCCCAGACCGGCUCCUGUGCAGGCAUGUGUUUCACAUGUGCUUUCUUCACAGCCCCCGCCGAGGCCCGUGUGCUCUGCUGAAUUCCUGUCACUCAUGGCUGUGCAUGCCCUGCUCAUGGUCACGGGUGUGCCCUUGUGAGGGCGUGUGUGGGCGGCGUGUGCCAUUUGUCUAGCAUGUCUUCCCUAUGUGCACACAUCAGGUUUAUCCAUGCACUUUCCCGGGUGCUCUCGGGCACCCUCUUCCCUUUGCACCUUACAAUCCUUGGAUUUUUCUGGCAGAGGUGUGUGCACUCACCCUGCACAUGUUAGCACUUUCCCCGGUUCACGUGUGGCGGCACAGUCCGCAUCCUCUCCUGGUCACGCUGGGUUUCUGCUCGCAGCCUCCCUCCCCUCCUUUGUGCUCAGGGACCACCUUGGUCCACAAGCAGAUCAUCCCUCCCAAGAAUGCUCCCUUUGCUUUUGGGUUUUUCUGGGGGCAAGAGAGAAGAAAUGGGGGGCAGGUUUGGGGAACUGUUUCCAGUGGAUAGUUGGUGAGGCUCCUGACCAAAGGAAGGCCCCUGACUGCUGAGAUGGACACAUGGGCCUGUGGGGCGGCCGGGGCUGCUGUCUCUUGGGGAAGGAGCUCCCCGCGUCCCAAUAAACCAGUGAACAGAG